AAAAAAAAUAUUCAAGUUCUUCAACUGCUUGGUUGGCAGCAGUGUAAAAUUUGAUAGUUCUUUUCAACAUGGCUUCUUCAGGUAAAAAGGGUAAGAAAAAUAAAGGGACAGUAAUAUCCCUGCAGUCGUUCCUCGCCAACGGGGAACUCCAGGCUGGCAUUACCCAGGUGGCAAAGAAAGUUCGGAGCUACGGCAACGAUAGUGAUGACGAUGACGGCUCCUUGCCCCAAGUGUACCAAUUGCCGACGGCUCCCCGAGCAAGCCGUAUUUUCGAUGACGAUUCCAUACCACACAAACCCCCCUUCCUGGCCUACAUUUCGAACUUGCCUUUCGACGCCAACGAGGAUGACAUCCAUGACUUCUUCUACCCGAUUGAAUUGGUGUCGCUUCGCUUGCCACGGGAGGAUGGUGAAACUGGACGCGUUCGUGGUUUCGGCUACGCCGAAUUCGUGUCGCGGGAUGAUCUGAUUCAUGUAAUCAGUUUGCCGGAUCCGCAGGUGAAGAAUCGCCGUGUGCGCAUAGAAGUGUCUAACGAGAGCGAGCAGCAGAGCAACCAGAGACGCAACCGUGACGGUGGUGGCGGUGGCGAUCGCAAUAGUCGCAGAGGCUACGAUGUCUUUGGAUCUGGUGAGAAUCGCGAAUCAACGAAUUGGCGUCGGGAUAAAGAAGAAAGUGGCAGUGGUGGUGGUGGAGGCGGCGGCGGCGGUGGAGGUCGUCAUUACGAUCGCAUGGGCUUAAAUAGAGAUCGCGGCAACCGUGAUGGUUCUGGGGAAAGGGGUGGCGGAGGUUCGUGGCGCACUGGCGAGCGACCAGUGUACGAUUCGUCACCCCGCAGAGGCGGUGAUGGCUACCGCGAUCGGUUUCGCGAUCGUGGUGACCGUGAUCGCUUCGACCGCGACCGCGGUGAGGGUGGGCGCAGCAGGCGUGAUGAAGAUCCAACUCAAGAAAGACCUAAGUUGAACUUGGCCCCAAGGACAUUACCUCUUCCCGAAAUCAUCAGCAAACCAGAACCAGCUGAGGAAUUGGAUGCAGACCAAAAGCAAAACGAAUCUGGAUCUGAUGCCGAGACCAAAUCGAAGGCACCACCACGUCCAGCUGGCAUUCCGGCAGAAAAGGUUUUCGGUUCGGCCAAACCAGUUGAUACUGCUGCCCGCGAGAAACAGAUCGAGGAGCGUUUGGAACGCGAGCGUCUAGAACGCGAACUCCGCGAAAAAGAGCAGAAAGAAAAUGUGGAUGAGAUUAGCGAAAAGGUCGCCGAUGUUGAGCUCAACAAAGACGACAAAGAAACUAGAAACACUGCCAUAAGUAGCUGGCGUCGACGAGAUGAAGACGACGAAGCAGGCAAAAAGAACAGUCUCGAUCGUAGAACAACUCAUGAUCGCAGAACUGGUGGUGAUGAUCGCCGUGGUCGUGACAAUCGGGACUACAACCGUGAUAAUAGAAAUCGCGAUAGAAAUGACAGAAAUGACCGUUACAACAAAGAUAGGCCAAAUAACAGAGAUGAUAGGCCAAGGGAUGACAGCAAACACAAGCGGGAACCAAGGCCCGAAAGGCCAAUGCCAAAGUAUCAGCCACCAACCGCAGGGCCGAUUCUACAAACAGCAAACAAAUAUUCCGGAUUACUAGACGAUGAAGGCUCCGAUUAGAAAUUGAAUUGUUUAACUCAACAAACAACAAACAAAAUUUAAAUUUUUUUUAAAGCAAAACAUAAAUUACUCAGCGGGCUUGUGCGGGUGGAAAUGUGCGAGAUAAGUCCCCCACAUGCCAUUUUAAAUUUUAAAAAACAAAAUACAAAAAGAAACCUUUUAUCGAAAUCGUAAAAAAAAAACAAACAAACUAAAAACAGUUAAGUAAAUAAAAACAAACUUAUUUGGGACAUUUUUUAAUCAAAAAGUAAAAUAUCUGUAUUCGUUUUAGAAAAUUGUCCUUUUCCACCUUCUUACACAUUUCAUGCUUUUUUAUUAUUAUUCUUUUUAGUUUUUGCCUCGUGUUGUUAUUUGCAAUUUAUUAUUUUUUUAAGCUUUCAACAUAUCUUAUUUUUACUAUUAUUUUAUAUAUUUCUAUUUUGUUUUCCAUAAAUGAUUUAUAAGAGUCUCUUAAAGCAAACAAAAGCAAAAAUACAAAAAAAAACAUGAAUUCUUUUAUUUUAAAAACGAUGACAAAAAGAUGUGAAACAAAAAUGCAAAGAAUAAAAAACUAUAAACAAUAGAUAAACAAUUUUGUUUAAAACAAAGAUGAAAUAAGAAAAAAAAAAACAGAAUACAACAAAGAAAAACAUAAACAAACAAUUUUUUUUAAUAGUUAAGUCAAGUUGUGUGUGCUAAUUUAGAUUUACUAAACUUUAAAAAAUGGGCCUUCCAAUAGAACAAACGAAACUCUGACAAAAUUGGAAGCCCAUAAAUUAAAUAUAAACAAAAGAAAAAGAAACAAAAAUAGAAAUUUAAUAAAAAAUAGGAUAUGAAUAUUUAUAAAUGCGGUUAACUAAUAGGAGGGUAAUAAUAUACGCUGUUUUUAUCUCUUGGACUAUAAGUUAUUAUUUUGUUUUUCGUUUUUAAUAGUCAAAUAUCAUAGUGUUCUAAUUUUAGCCCAUUCUUAUUUAAUUUUUAUUUAAAUAAGCAGAAAUAUAUACAACAUUAUGUAUGUAUAUUAUGUACGUAUAAAUUUAUAUAUAUAAUAUACAUAUAACAAAAAAAACAUACAUAUAUAUAUUAUACCCUACACACAUUUAAAAACAAAAAAAAGAAGAUAUUGAAACAGAGUAAAACAGAACAAAACAAAAAGAAGUAAUAUCUCUAGUAGCAUAACUGUUUAUUUGGCAUAAUGGUUUAAUUAUUUAAAUAAUAAUUUUAAUAUUGUAUUUAUAUAUGUUAUUAUAUAAAAAUGUAUAAACAAAUCAACCAACAAACCAACCAACGUCGUGCGUAAAAUUAAAUAAAAACAAACAAAAUAUUUUCCUUUAAAAUAUUUGAUUCGACGAAGGAAAACAA